GGAAAAUCCAUUGACGCGCCCGCCCCCUGUAACAAGAAGGACGGAGAGCGUGACCCGUCACUUUCUAUAUUCCCUGUAACCCAAAUUUUUUCCCGAGAAAAUGUUCCGUUACGCAUUCUCUUCUUCAGUUUUGUGAAUAAACGAAUCGGAACUCUCGAUUCGUUUUUCCUUGUCGGUUAUCGGCUUAUACGAACACUCCGAUCUCGCUCGCCCUGAGUUCCACGAUCAGUUUCUUAAAACCCUAGGUUGUGCAUUCUCUCAUACUUGUGAUGAAUAACAACAGAGGAAGAUAUCCACCGGGGAUGGGAACGGGACGUGGAGCGCCGCCUAAUCCCGAUUAUCAAUCGCAGAACCAUCAUCAGCAACAGUGGACAAGACGCGCUCAGCUUCCUGGAAACGCUAAUGAGGUCCAGAAGACGACGUCUCCGCCGCCCGUAGCUAGCAGCGACCCUAAGAAGAAGCUUAUUAUUAUCAGACUGUGUUCUCCGUUUACUCUCAGUGGCCAAGAUUGGAAGGCAACGUUGAGGCUCCCACCUCCCGAUACUCGUUACCAGACUGCGGAUGUGACAGCUACUAAAGGAAACGAAUUCGAAGAUUACUUUCUGAAAAGAGAUCUGCUCAAGGGGAUAUACGAGAAGGGCUUCGAGAAGCCAUCUCCUAUUCAAGAAGAGAGCAUUCCCAUUGCUUUAACCGGUAGUGAUAUUCUUGCUAGAGCCAAAAACGGCACAGGGAAGACUGGUGCCUUCUGCAUCCCAGUCCUAGAGAGAAUUGAUCCUAAUACCAAUGUUAUUCAAGCCAUGAUUCUAGUUCCAACACGAGAGCUAGCUCUUCAGACAUCACAGGUUUGCAAGGAGCUUUCCAAGUACUUGAACAUCCAGGUUAUGGUCACCACUGGUGGUACCAGUCUGAGAGAUGAUAUCAUGCGGUUACAUCAACCUGUGCAUCUGCUCGUUGGAACUCCUGGAAGGAUCUUGGAUCUUACCAAAAAGGGAGUUUGUGUUUUGAAAGACUGUACGAUGCUUGUCAUGGAUGAGGCCGACAAGCUUUUAUCGGCAGAGUUCCAACCUUCUCUAGAGGAAUUGAUACAGUUUCUGCCACAGAAUCGUCAGUUUUUGAUGUAUUCCGCUACAUUUCCUGUUACUGUGAAAGCCUUUAAGGAUCGACAUCUCCGGAAGCCAUAUGUUAUCAAUCUCAUGGAUCAACUCACGCUUAUGGGUGUCACACAAUAUUACGCUUUUGUUGAAGAGAGACAGAAGGUUCACUGCCUCAACACACUGUUCUCUAAGCUGCAAAUAAACCAAUCGAUCAUCUUUUGCAACUCUGUCAAUCGCGUGGAACUGUUGGCAAAGAAAAUUACAGAACUCGGUUAUUCGUGCUUCUACAUUCAUGCGAAGAUGGUUCAAGACCAUAGGAACAGAGUGUUCCAUGAGUUCCGCAAUGGUGCUUGCAGAAAUCUCGUUUGCACUGAUCUGUUUACUCGUGGAAUUGACAUUCAAGCUGUGAAUGUAGUGAUUAACUUUGAUUUUCCUAGGACGUCUGAGUCGUAUCUACACAGGGUGGGCCGAUCAGGACGUUUUGGACACCUUGGGUUAGCUGUGAAUUUGGUAACCUAUGAGGACCGUUUUAAAAUGUAUCAGACUGAGCAAGAACUUGGCACUGAAAUCAAACCAAUUCCUUCGAAUAUCGAUCAAGCAAUCUACUGCCAGUAACUGUAACCGCACGAGAAAAUGUUUCCACCCGAAGAGACACAGUGUUGAUGAGAAUGGUGUUUCUCAAGCUAGAAGGAGAUGAGGGAACUGAUACUUGGUGGUUCAUGUAAAGACAGACUCGUUACAUGGACGCACCGGAGUUGUUUGGUUCGGUUUGGUUUCAAAUCUCUCUCUAGACUUUGUUUUGUGGUUCGAAUGAAACCUUUUUUAACGUUGGCACUUCUCUAACUUGCGAGUAAGAUAGAACAUGGCUCUCCUCCUCUUUUUUUUUUU